AUGGAUUUAUCCAAACAAGACGAAUUCGACAACAUCCAUUCGAGCAAUAUGGAUUCUGGCGACAGCGACGCUACCGAGCCCUUUCUGAAGGGGCGCGAGAAGAAGCAGUACCAGCGUCGUGGUGAUUUUAUUCGCUCCCCGGCGUGGUUCGUGUCGACAAUAAUUCUGCUACUUCUACUUUUCCUAGAGAGCAUAUCUGUAUUCGUGCAACCAAGAGUGUGGAGGAAUACAUACGAGCAUGGAUUCAGCACUGAGCUCGCCUUCAUGAAGCCAGCGAUAAAACUACACCAGAAACGAUUCGCAAGUCCGAUACGCGACCUCCCCAAUGGGACUUUAUACACGGUCUUCGAACCCUCCGAGCCACGAUACGUCGGACCGCCAACAUCCGAAAUCGACGAAGCGUGGGCAUCUCUCUUACAGGGCCGAUACAUUCUUUUCGAUGACCAAGACGUCUCCUGGCUCAACUCCGACAGCGGGCUCCCGAAACUACAGCCUUUACCUUCUCGGGGUGACGCCAUCCCCAAGAGCGGCUACUACGGGGGGCCCGAUAUGCUGCAUAGCUUGCACUGUAUAAACGCAAUUCGCCAGCAUUUGGAUUUGGAUCACUACAAGGAUCAUAUGUGGUUGCCAGAGGAAUAUCAGAGGAUGCAUAUCGAUCACUGUAUUGAGCAGCUCCGGCAGGCCACGCUGUGUCAUGCUGAUAUGACUCCGGUUACGCUCAAGGCAAUAUGGACAGAUACGCCGCACUGGGCGGCAUUGGGCCAAACGGAGAGAAUGCAUACUUGCCGGGAUGGAAUGGCGUUGAGAGAGUUGACGUGGGAGAGGGGCGAAGGAACGGAGAGAAUUACUUUUGGUUAG